CGGCUUAACGCCCUAGAGUUACGACGUCGUAGCAAGCAAUUGUGCAAGUUGCUGUAAGAAUAAGCGAAGUAAAACUCUUGGCUAGUACUGUUGUCGAGAACCAGAAAUUAUCAUCGCAUUCACCACAAAAAAAAACCCUAAAAAAACCAAAACCAAAUACACGGAAUCCCCAAUCGGGGAGAUAGAGAUUCAGAAUGGCGAUUUCUGGUGAUUUUAGGGUCUCUGCUGCAUUAGGCCCUUCUCCUACGAAUCCCCUCCGUAUCAGUUUACCACCAAAGAUAGAUCAUGUUAACUUCCUAAACGCGGGACCCACUCUUUCCGAAACUACAACGCCUAAAUGGUCAUCCUCAAUAACCCACACCCACAACACACGCUGCAACUCCAAACGACCUCUCACCUUCAUGAACAACUAUGAAAUGUCCACAAGCUCCUUCAAUCAAGAUGCAGAAAGCUUCCUUUUAAACGCCAUAAACAUGGGUUUCUUUGAACGAUUAAGUCUAGCAUGGAAAAUUGUCUUUCCAUCUCCAUCAAUGAUCAAGAACUCAAAUGCAAGUGUUGCUAAACAAAGGCUGAAAAUGAUUCUCUUUUCAGACAGAUGUGCAGUGAGUGAAGAAGCUAAACAGAAGAUUGUUAGUAAUAUAGUGAAAACCCUUUCGGAUUUUGUGGUGAUUGAGUCGCAAGAUAAAGUCCAGCUCAGCGUGGCAACGGACCCCGCUAUGGGGACGAUUUACUCGGUGACUGUGCCUGUGAGGCGCGUGAAAGCAGAGUAUCAAGAAGAAGAUGGUGAAGGGACGAUUAUGAAUGUGGAGUAUAAGGAUAACGGAGUGGAUUCUGGUUCUAUGGAUGUGAAGUUUGAUUUUUAUGUUCCUGAGUGAAAGAUGUUUGUGAGUUUGAUUCGGAGAAUUGAAAUUGAAAAUCAUGUGGGAAAGAUUAUUGAUUGAUUCCCUUGUUUGAUGGCUGAAAUUUGUUAUAAUUUAUAGCAGAUCUUGUAAAUAUUCAUAUGCUUUAAAUUUCAGUCUUCUACUUUGCUAGAGCCUUUUGUAAUUUUUUGUUCUUAUAACUUUGGUCAUGUUAUCAUUUCAUGAUUAGGAGUUGUUGCGUAAGAAUGUUUGUGUAAUAAACAAAAGUUAGGGCUCAAGAGGCCAUCUAAGCUUCAUAAUCACAUUUUUUACCAUGUAGAUGUAUAAACUUCAACAUAUUAG